AUUGUCGAUGCAUUUGAAGCCGUCUCACCAGCAGCGACGGAUUUCUACUUAUCGAAGAUCGUUAGACUGGUGCGGGUAUCGUAACGUCGUACAGCAAUAUGGGUAAAUGGAACAUUCCUCUCCUGAUUUUGGCUUCGGCGUGCGUGAGCCACGUUCUAGCAAACUGUCCGGACCCGGCUCGACUCAGUCCGUGUACGUGCGACCACUUCGGCGUCAACUGCAUGCGCGCCCGAAACACGACUCAGUUGACACAAGCCUUCAAGAGCGGCGACGCCAUGACCAGCGAGCACAAAGAGUUGUGGAUUCAGAAGACUCCGAUUACGUCCUUCCCUAGCGGCGUACUAGGAGAGUUCAAGUUUGAGAAGGUUCACGUUGAGUCGAACGUCAACAUGACCUCAUUGAGCUUGGAUGCUUUGAUGCAGUUUAGAGAGCUUUUAAGACUGCUCAGUGUCUACCGAAACGCUCUUCGGACGUUCGAGUUUGAUAAGUUGAAACGCUUCCCAUUCCUGGAUACUCUCAAUUUGGGCGGGAACCAAAUAGCUAUGAUUCCUGCUAACGCAUUCAGCAGUGCCAGCCUGCAGAGGCUUGUGCUAUCGCACAACCCGAUCACGUUCAUUGGGCAAAACGCCUUCUUCGCAAUCGUCAAUCUCAAGGAGCUGCUCCUCAGCCAUACCAGGCUCACCACGUUGGGUUCACACUCUAUGGCUAUAAGCAGCCCGUACCCGAUGCUUAAGAUUCACAUCUCCUCUAGUGCAAUCAGCAGCAUCCAUCCGAACGCGUUCGGCUUAACCACUCCUCAAGUACUUAAUCUUUCGCACAACAAUCUCACCACGCUGGAACGGUUUCCCUUCGACGCGCUCAUUCACCGCAUGUUGAGGAAUGCCAGCCGCUUGAGCAAGCCGCCAAUACUGGGCGUCGAAGGAAAUCCCUUUACCUGCCGAGGCUGCUCCUACGAAUGGCUGAUAUGGCACAGACUGAGCUGGCAGAUACAGAGGCUCGUUUACGGUUUCCGAUGUCCGGACGGCUCGGGUUUGCCCACCCUUAAUUUUCGGCAAAUCGCUUGCCAGUGGACUUCGAGGAACUUCGCAAACCUUGGCUAGCGUAAUAAAGGUCGUACAAUCGCGUCGUGUGCAAGCUUGUAACGAGAAAGGCCUGUCGAGAACAAUGCCAUAAGAAUAACAAACUAAGAAAUAAAAAAAUUCACCAGCCCUCAACUUAUGCAGAAGAUGGGAACUAGAGCAAGUC